GAGAGGACAGCAUCUCUCUAGUGGAGAGCAAGGAAGUGGUAGAAAAGAUGGAAAGAUGGGCCCGGCUGUGGAUUCUGGGCUUUGUGGCCAUUGUCCCUGGAAAAGCUGUCCCGGAUUUGACUGGCAUAAACAUGGCCAAUGGUACCUGGAGAGCUCCCAUCACUUUGCCCUGCAUGUACGAACCCUCCGCUGACUUCAAGGAGGUCAAAGUGACUUGGAAAUUCCUCAUACAAGGCGAAGAGCCUCACUCCAUCUUCCUCCGUGAUUCCUCCGGGGACCAUACAUUCUUGGCUGCUUUCAGACACCGAAUCAGUGUUGCAAAGAAGUCCCCCGGAGAUGUUUCUCUCCAAAUCAAGGAACUUGAAAUGACCGAUACUGGAGCGUACACUUGCUCAGUUCAGUGGGAAGCCAAGAACAUGAGCAAAUUCACUGAAGAAAAGAUGGUCCAGCUCCAGGUUGUAAAAGUUCCGGCGUCCAAGCCAGCCAUUCAGCCCAGCCGCCUGGAAUCUGUCCUGCCCAACGGGACCAGGGUGAGCCUGACCUGCUCAGCCAAUGGUUCUCCGCCCAUCAAAUACCGAUGGUACAAGGAAAGGCCUGGAAGAGAAGCAGAGUACCUGCAGAUGGGCGCAGUCCUUGCCUUCAACAGCCUGCAGCCACACAAUUCGGCCAGAUACUUCUGCACGGCAGAAAACAGACUUAGCGUGCAAAAGGAACAGAGCGAUUCCUUUCAGCUGACAGUGAAAGAUGCUUCUGAAUUCUCCACUGCAGGACCAAGCACAGAGGAGCACCCAACAGAUGGAAUGGUGACUUCAUCCACACCUUUUAGGAAUCCUUCAGGACAGCAGGGGGAAAGUGCUCGGAAGCUGAUUCUGCCGCUGUAUCUCAUCAUCCUGAUCUCUGUGCUCUGUGCAGCUCUGAUCAUUGUGGUCGUCUCUGUGAUCUUUUGCAGGAGGAAGACUAAGAAGGAUAGUAUUUACGAAGUAACAUACAACAAUAAUGCCCUAACCUUGGCAAAUGAACACGUCCUGGCCAGCUCAGGAGUCGAUGGUCCCUGCGUGUAUGAGGAACCUAAUUUACAUUUUGGUAACACCUACAGUAUGGAGCCUACCAAAGCUGAUGAAUACGUGUUGAUGAAUGAAAAGAUGGACAACGAAUAUGAGAUCCUGGUAACUGAGAAGCGGUUGGGGAACUGAUGGCCAAAACUCUAGCAGGAAGCAGCAGAACUUGCUACAUCUUCAAGAGCUGAAUCCUGAAGGACCUCCACCUCUGCGCUUCCACGUGAACACAUCUCUGCACAGGGUCCUCCCCCUCCCGGGCUGGUGGCUCUCAUGCCUGGCCACCCAGAUGUGCUUCUUUCAGCCCCUGCAACUCCAUGGUCCGGUCGCAGCUGCUUAGAACCUGCCCCCGCGCAAGAGCAGCUGAUGCUAGGAGAACUAGGGGUGGGCAGACGUUCAGCGUGCAUUUCCCUCAUUUGGCGGCUCUGCUUCCUCUGUUUCUCCUUCUUGUGAAUUUGGCAGGUUCGGUCUGCUGAGCGUGAGUUCCUUUUGCUAAAAAAUGUUGACACUAAAGCAUGUAUCUGCUUUUUUGUUUGCAGUUUUGCCUAGAAUACACAGUUCUUCCAUCUGAUCAAAAGCACUUUUUGCCUUAAUAAA